AUGGCAGAGAACAUUCCUCGACAAUGGACCGUUCUUGGCCCCUCUCCACCUCAUGGCUCAAUCGAGGCAGAUCUCGACCAGGAAAUGCACAAGUUCAUGGUCGACAAUAAUGUUCGCAAUGCUCAGCUAGCAAUUGGUAAGAACGGCAAGGUCCUCACUAGCAGAUCAUAUUCGUGGUCAUGGGGAGAACACGUCACUGAAGACGCCGAUACUUUUCUCCUAGCCAGCGUGAGCAAAGCCUUUUGCUGUGCAGCCAUCUAUGAACUCUUCCCGGACGAGAAUGUACGCAAGGCAACAAAGGCAGCUGAUGUUCUAGGCUGGGGGUCUAGCAGCGUCGAUAAAGGUUAUGAUCAGAUGACAGUGCAACAGCUCGUCGACCACACGGCCGGGUUUGGUUAUGACGAGACAUCGCCAUCGCCCAAUGAGUGGACAUAUCUCGCCCGCAAAGCUGCUGCUCACUUGCAACGCGAUGUCACAACACCUGAAGACCUGGUAGACUAUGUCCGUACCAUACCACUAGCUUACGAACCAUUUGACAGCGAGAAGCAUGACAUGUGGAAAUACAGCAAUAUUGGCUAUGUUGUUCUAAGCAUGAUUGUCGCUAAGAAGAGCAAUAAGCCCUACUUUGAUUUCCUGCUUCAAGACGUCCUGGCGAAGAACGGUUUGGGCUCUAUGAACCUAUACACUGUUGAUACCCGACCAUCGGAAUAUGGCUACGACUUCAUUCGAGCACCACCCUACUCCUACGAUGAGGGACUGCCGUCUUAUGAUUACAAAGAGCAGACUAAGACGGUGCCCGCCGUAUAUGGCGGCGAUGCUGCCUGGUUCUGUGGUCUAAACAUGCACGCUGGCUACGGACGGACCGGCUCAACAUGGGGUGCCAGCACCUUCAUCUGGAACCGACGCGAUGGUCGUGAUCUGGCCAUCCUUAUGAACACACGCGAGAGCGAGAAAGGUGGGUUUCGAUUCGAUGCGGAAGAUUCUCAAGGAAACGGAAUUGGAGCUGUGAAUAGACCUCAAGGUUUGUUCAACUUUGAGGGUAGCCCUAUCCACCACGUAAUGGAGAGACAUCCUCAGUGA